AUGUCAGAAAAGAAGAAAGAAGGAACUGAAACAAAUGUUGAAACUGAGGCGUUGACUGACUCGUCGACCAGGCCAAUAUUAGAUGAAAAAGAACAAAUUCCUGAAAGCGAUUCCAAAGUUUUGAAAGAUGCUACUGCAAACACCUCAAGUGAUGAACUUAUAACGCUGCAAGAUAUUAUGGAGGCUCAAGAGCGACUUGAAGAAGAGGCAGAAGAUUUAUUAGGCGGUGAAAGUGGGAACGUUUGUACUUAUCCGCAGGGGUAUAAACCGCGACAACCUCUCUAUUCGUGCAGGGAUUGUACUAAGAGUGGUUUUCAAGCAGGAAUUUGUUACGGUUGCAGUAUUAAUUGUCACGAUGGGCACGAUCUUGUGGAACUGUAUACUAAACGUAAUUUCUGCUGUGACUGCGGUAAUUCAAAAUUCAAGAACCCCUGCAAGCUUUACGAGGAAAAAAAACCGUUGAAUGAACGAAACGAGUACAACCAGAACUUCAAUGGACUUUACUGUACGUGCAGCCAGCCGUACACUGGCGAAGAAGAUAUGUUCCAGUGCUGCAUUUGUGAAGAUUGGUUUCAUCUCGAGCACUUAUCAGUCGGCUCCGUUCCACAAAGCGUUGAUGAUGUUGAAGAAAUUAUUUGUGGGUCAUGUGCAGAUCGCCUGCAUUUUCUUCGUGUUUAUACUGACGAAAUCUACAAGAAAGAAAGCGUUGUUGAAGGGGAAUGCGCUUUGAAGAGGCUUUCUAAUGUUGCACCGAAAACUUCUGUUGGCGCACUUUAUUUCCGUUCUUAUCGUUGGCGAGAACGGCUAUGUAAAUGCAGGAGUUGUUUGAACUUGUACGAGGAUACUGAUGUGCCUUUCAUCACUGACGUAUCAGACUGUGUAGAGGAAUUUGUUUUGAACAACAGGAAGUCUGCGGAGCCAAAGCUUUUGGACGGAAGUCAAGAUAGUAAAGUUGACAGGAUGGUGGUAGAAACCGUUGGUCGAGAAACCGCAAUUACACUGUUUGCAGGCUUCGAAGAAAUGAAACAAAAAGUGGUGGCCGCUAUGAAAAAAGCUGCAGAUGAGGGUAGAGAAGUGCGAAAGGAAGACAUUAAUGCAGCGUUCGCUGAGCUGGAGUCGGCUCGAAAACGACGCCGCAUUGCCGAAUUACCAACUGAGGGUGUAGUAGAAUGA